AUGCCGCCGGCCCUGUCCCUGGACGUGCCGCUGGUGCUGAUCAAAGACCCGCAGUCGUGGACAGUGCAGGACGUUAGCGUGUGGCUCUCCUGGCUGGGGAUCGAGGAGCACGUCGAGGCCUUCGCAGCCGCCGGCGUGGACGGCCCCGCCCUGCUGCGGCUGGGCGCCGAGGCCGCCUGGGACCAGCUCGGCGUGUUGGACCCCUCGCAGCAGCGGGUCCUGGACUCGGCGGUGGAGCCCUUGAGGUGCUUCCGCGGCGCGGACGGGGCGGAGUGGGGGCUCGCCUUGCACGCCGUGGAGGGCCCCGUGGCCGGCGAGGUCUUCUUCGUGGGCGCCGGGGGCAUCACGGGGGGGCGGCACUCGGCCUCCAACGACGUGGUGCUCUCGGAGAACUGCGUGUCGCGGCGCCACUUCCAGAUCGUCUGCGACGCGGCCGGGCAGCACCUGCUGCAGGACGUCGGAAGCACCACGGGCACCUUCGUCAUGGUGAGGGAGGAGCUGCUGCUGGAGGACCUGAUGGUUCUACAGCUAGGGACGACGGAGCUCAUGGUCCGGAUCGAUGGGGAGUGCUGCACCCUCGAGGCAGUUGAAGGCCCCGACCGCCACGUAAGGGCGGCCGUGCCUCCGCCGCCGCAGGGCUUGUGCAUCGGGCGCGAGUCCAGCAAUGGCUUAUGCAUCCAGGACCCAGAGAUCUCGGGAUUCCACUGCGAGGUGCGCCUCUUGCCCGACCGAGGCUUCGUCCUCGACGACAGGUACUCCACCAACCGGACGUGGCUCCGCCUGGCGCCGGACGGGCAGCCCUCGCCGGCGUACCCGCUCCUCGAGCGGGACCUCUUCAAGGUGGGCUCCACGCUCUUCCACGUCGUCGAUCCCGCGAUGUUGACAGGCGAGGCGGCGGCGGCAGCUGUGGUCGACCACCACCCCGCCGCCGCCGACAGGGGUGCCCUGGCGAUGCCCCUGGCGAUGCCCCUGGCGAUGCCCCUGGCGGCGGCCGACCUAGCCUUGCCGCCGCCGCGGGAUGACGCCUCCGAGGGCCCCGGCCCAGGCCUCCACGCGGACGGCAGGGAGCCAGGGCUGCUGUGGGAGCCCUUCGUCGAGGGCGAGUUCCGCCCCCAGCUGUCGCAGGAGGAGUACGCCGAGCGAGUGACGGCCUCGCGGCGGCGCAUGCGCACCGAGGGCGCGGCGAGGCGCUCGACCGCGGGCGACAUGCACCGGAGCCAGGACGCCGGCGUGCACGGCCUGAGGGAGCGCGAGCUCUCCUCGCUGCAGCAGCGCAUGCGGAACUCGCGCGCGCAGACGGCGUACGCGCUGCAGCAGCAGCGGUCCGGCGAGCGCGGGGAGGAGGAGGAGCCGCCCAAUGCGGCCGGGCCCGAGGGGCGGGGCGCGGUGGCGGACGAGGACCUGUGCAAGAUCUGCUACGACCAGCGCGUGGACGUCUUUUGCUUCCUCGGCUAUCCAUGCGGGCACUUCAUCCUCUGCCGCUGGUGCGCGCAGAAGGUGUCGGACUGCCCCGUGUGUCGGCAGACGCUCGUGGACGUGAUCCGGACCUACAAGGCUUGA